AUGGUUGGCGAAAUAAUCGUGGUACCCACUCUGACGGUGGUCCGAUCAAACGACCCCCGGGCUUUGGAGGAUGCUAAACGAUACGCUAAAGAAGGGUCUGGUACUUAUUUGUAUUGUGACAAGAGCAAUUCAAAGUUUGUCAUGUAUAAAAUAUUUCCGAAGGCUGGUGGCAGCUUGAAAUUGUCGGACACUACUUAUGUUAAUAAUGGUUAUACUUAUGAGAGGCCUAAAGUUCGGUUGUUAAUUGUAGUUCCGAGCGAUGUUGACGAGUCUGCGAUCAUGUCAUCAGAUAUUCAAGCCAUUAAAAUUGCUGCACUUGUGUCACAGGCAGCCAUAGCGGUGGAAAUGCUGCGAUUUAAAAGAGGACUGAAGCGUCCAGAUCGAGGGUCCACUGCAUCAUUUGAAAUUGAUUAUGGAUGGCAGGCUGUAUCUGUAGGAGUUCCUAAUGAAAUGCGAACGUAUUCUGGGGGAGCGGUUAUAUAUUUAUCGGGCCCCAUAACCGAUGAGCUAGACUCCAGGCUGCCACCGCAUGCGUUUCUUAAGGUGAAUAAGUCUUUUUGUGAACUAAGUGCUGAUCGACAUAUUGCCCGAUAUGUGAGUCAGUGUCUGAAAAUGCUGGGAGUUCGAGAUGUUGACUUUAUUCGAUAUUUAUCCUUUGUCUUACCUUAUGUAUCUGACCCUUAUGAAAAGGAGUGUUUUGAAACGUUUCUUGAUGUGUCUUUAAUUAAAUCAAACGCUAUACACUUUCUUCCACGGUCCAUAUCGGAAUUAUAUUCUACUUUUAAUUCUACCGAGAUUUUCGAAGAGUGUCAAUCUAGAUCUGUCCCGCGAUUUGUGAAAAAGGAGGAAGAUGGGUCUCUCAAAGUUGCCCACACAGUUGGAGGAGUUGUUGCAAGUUUUUAUGGUGCUGUCUUACACGAGAUAGGUCACCUUUUCAAAAUACCACACACCAAAAGCGGCGUGAUGGCUUUCGGAGGCGACAAUAUACAAAAGAUUUUUGUGCUUCAUUCGCUAACGAACCUCGCGCUUCUGAAGAAAGGAAGCGUUCCUAGAACUGAUUAUAAGACAACGACUGUCUUGGUCAACAAGGACUAUGAAAUGGCAGCGAAGGAAGUAUCAGAAAGUUUGUUUGAUUCACUCUCAUUACACUUAAUGUAUUAUUCUAAUUUUGUUAACUGGGGUGGGAAGAACAUUUUUAUUCCUAUAAAUGUUGACUUUCGUAACCGAACUGCUUCUUCUGCAGCUGGAAUUGCUUUCAUAGUUUGUAAUGAGAAUUCUGAGAAUAGUCCUCUUGUCCAUGCAACAGAAUUUGAUCAUAAAAAAUCGGUCAAUUUUGGAUUAUAUAAGGAAAAAAAGCGAAUACUUAUUGUUGCAUCAGACGGGAACUUCUUAGCUGUAGUAGCAUGA